UGCGCAUGACAUCACCGCCUUAAAUACUCAGUUGAUUUUACACACUUCUCGUCGCCAUCCAGAGAGCGCAUAGAGGAGGAGAAGUAGCGGACUCUGUCGGGUUUUUUUUCUGUGAUGUGUUUCUAGGCAGCUGGACCCAGUGAAAGAAAACGUUCAUUUUAUUUUUUAUUUUAACGGACUCUGCAUUUCGAUUGUGCUUGGAAAAACUGCAGAGUGAUAUUUGUGCUCGAGGAACUCGGUUCGAGGCGUGAAAGGAAAACUUUUUGUUUUUAAUUUUUGGUUUGUUUUUGCGUCCGUGUAAAGGCAAAAGUUGGGGAUGUCUCUCUCGGUACCUCAGAACGGUGUAAAGGGGGAUAACGAACCCGUCAUCGAGCUUUUUGUGAAGGCGGGCAGUGAUGGAGAGAGUAUCGGCAACUGUCCAUUUUCUCAGCGUCUCUUCAUGAUCCUGUGGCUGAAGGGAGUGGUCUUCAAUGUCACCACUGUGGACCUUAAGAGAAAACCAGCUGAUCUGCAGAAUCUGGCCCCAGGAACGCACCCUCCCUUCAUCACCUUUAAUGGAGAGGUCAAGACGGAUGUCAACAAGAUUGAAGAGUUCCUAGAAGAUGUCCUUUGCCCUCCAAAGUACUCUAAACUUAGUGCCAGACACCCAGAAUCCAACACUGCAGGGAUGGAUAUAUUUGCCAAGUUCUCUGCCUUCAUCAAGAAUUCCAAACCUGAUGCCAAUGAGGGUUUGGAGAGGGGACUGCUGAAGACCUUGCAGAAGUUGGAUGAGUACCUGUGCUCUCCUCUGCCAGAUGAGAUUGACCACAACAGUAUGGAGGAAGUGAAGGCCUCCACACGCAGUUUCCUAGAUGGUGAAGAUAUGACACUGGCUGACUGCAACCUGCUGCCCAAACUCCACAUUGUUAAGGUGGUGGCAAAGAAGUACAGAGGCUUUGAGAUUCCUAAAGACAUGACAGGCAUCUGGAGGUACCUGAACAAUGCCUACAAGCGUGAGGAGUUCACCAACACAUGUGCCAGCGACAAGGAGAUUGAGAUCGCCUACGCUGACGUAGCAAAGCGGCUUGUCAAAUAAUGGCUCAAAAUCUCGUCCACUCCACUCCCUGCGCUGGGACUGUUUAUUUUCCAUCACAUGAGAAAGAAAAAAACAAGAUAUGGACUCCUUUUUUCCUUCUCUUUUUAUUUAGAGUAAAAACCCAAUGCAUGAUUUCUCCUUCCCCCGUUACAGCUCUUUAGAACAUAUCUAUCAUCUUCAGUGUGUUCGAAAGGCUGUUUUCACACUUUUUUUUUUUUUUCAUUUUGUCUUAGUUUAAGUGUUAAAGCAGGAAGUGCCAGAUACUGUCAGUGUAUCGAUGGCUAAUAGUGUGUGAGCAUGUGACUCACCCACACUAUGUAGCAAUAAGAGUGGGUUCACCAGCCUUUUGUUUUAUUAUGGAUUUAAAAUAUGAAAAAUAAGCUUUUUCUAAGCUUGCAAAGCCAACAGUUAUGAAACUUUUUUUUUUUUGUUGUUGUUGUUUUGUUUCUAUCUAAGUGCAUUUGAACAGUGUUGAAAGCUCCAGUGUUUAUUUUCAGCGAGUUUUAGUGAGUGUAGCACUCUGGACAGAUAAAGUCUCAAAAGACCCUUCAUUGAAGUUUGAAAUGAAGUGUAUAUUGACUUACAUUGAUAUCAGACGGCUGACACUUAAAUAUGAAGUUAAUAUCGUACACAUUAGUCAUCAGUUGUUUGCAAAAAUUGCACCUUACAUACCAUGUAAAUUUGCAGCACCUGUGACCUUUUGAAGGAAAGACCUCUUUAAAAUAAACUUCAGAUACAUAAAGAGA